GUAUACAUGAUUUCGAUCGGUAAAAUGUUAUGUUAUGUUUUAAAUGGAUUUAAAUGAGACGCAUUGUAAAUAUUAUUUUUAAAUAAACAUAUAACUUUUAUCUUCUUGCGACGACUCCAAAUACCAUAAAACUAUUUUCAACCAAUAUUGUUUUAAAUAAUAGUGACUUAACAAGUAGUACGUUGCGUGUAUACAUUUUUAUCGUAUAAUGAUUUUGUAGAUAAUUGCGUGACAAGUCAAAAACAGUAUCUUCAAUAUUUUGUUCAUAAGAAUUAUGUAGAUAUUCAAGACAGUUGGUAAUCCUGAUAUCUGAAAAUUUUGUAUUAUCAAACUCGUAGUUGUUUAUCACUGUUAUCGCUUCAUUGUCACCAUUUACUAUAACUAAUAAACCAUAAGUUAUUGGUUUUGACAAAAAUAUCUUAAAUAUUCAAUAUGAGUAAUGUUAACGCUGUUGAAGAACUAGAAGCUGCGAAAAUCGCUCACCAUCUAUCACCAAGCAAAAUGGGUUUACUAACACCUAGUCCAAUCGUCACUCGAAGAACAAGAACUGACUCUACAUCUGCACUAGCCUUAAAAAAUCCACAAGUAACUGGACAUGUUAAGUAUUUUUGCAAAUCUAAAGGACAUGGUUUUAUUACACCAGAAAAUGGAGAUCCCGAUAUAUUUGUACAUAUAUCAGAUAUUGAAGGAGAGUAUGUUCCAUUACCCGGUGAUCAUGUUCGAUACAGAUUGUGUCCUGUUCCUCCUAAGUUUGAAAAAGUUCAGGCUACACAUGUCGAAAUUAUUAACUUUGCACCUCAGGUUCAUUUAAAAUGGGAUUCACCUGAAGCAAACUAAUUUAUUAUAAAUGAUUAAUGUUAUUUUUUAAAAUCAAAUUUAAUACUUUUGGUAGAAAUUAUACAUUCCAAUAUAAUUGUUGUUUACCCUAUAUGUUUUAAUAUCCUGUUCAGUCCAGAGUGCCAAAUUAUAUAAAAUAAUUAUAAUUAUUUAAUAUAAGUAAAUAUAAUUAGAUUAAUUUUAAUAAAACUUUUUUACAUAUAAUGCAUAUGCUCUAUAAUUCUUCAUAAUGAUAUUUUUAAAUGUUAAAUUUUGUCAAGUAAAAUUUGUAUUACUUAUUAAUAGCUGUAUCAAAAAUAAUAGUUAAAAUAACUUGUUAUGUCAAAUUUAACGAAUUAAGGGGAAAGAUAAACAAUAUUUAUGAAAUAAGCGGUCUGAAUUAUUUUAUAAUAAUUUUUUGUUUUUUUUUCUAAGUCUAAUUUUAAUUAUUAUCACUAGAUAAUUAAUACCCUAACAUGCAUAUUCUAAUUUUAUCUGUUGUAAAACAUAUCAAAAAUUAUAAACAUAUAAAUGGAUUUUACUUAUAUCAGUAGCUAUUUCACCAUUAUUUCUUUUUUUAUAAUAACUAUUUGAUAUAAUAAUUUAACAAAUAUUUUUAGUGUAUAAUAUGCAAUAAUAG